GGCGGCGAUGCUGCCGAGGUGUUAUUGCCAGUGGACAUGAACAGGCAUUUUAAUCUAAAUAGAAAACUGAGUCGGAUAUAUUUAUACACUUGGCUUUAUAUUGUGUGUAUUUACUGCGCGACGAGCGUCGACGUGUGUUUAGUUUCGUCCGUUUCAGCGUUUCUUUUUUAUAAAAUGUUCAUGUUGUAGCUCGCUCGCUAACCGACCAGCUAGCUAACCGAAAGCUACUAGCUAGCUACCAUCACAGCAAGCCACCGUAAAGUGUAGAAUGGGAGAAAAGCUAGAGCUCAAGCUCAAAUCGCCGGUUGGAGCCGAACCUGCUGGCUACCCGUGGCCCUUACCAGUAUACGAUAAACACCAUGAUGCUGCUCAUGAAAUCAUCGAGACCAUCCGGUGGGUGUGUGAGGAGAUCCCGGACCUCAAACUGGCAAUGGAAAACUAUGUACUCAUCGACUAUGACACCAAGAGCUUCGAAAGUAUGCAGAGACUUUGUGACAAGUACAACAGGGCCAUUGACAGCAUUCACCAGCUGUGGAAGGGGACCACCCAGCCCAUGAAGCUUAACAAGCGUCCCUCCAACGGGCUGCUGAGACACAUCCUGCAGCAGGUGUACAACCACUCAGUGACUGACCCUGAGAAGCUGAACAACUAUGAGCCCUUCUCCCCUGAAGUGUAUGGAGAGACCUCUUUCGACCUGGUGGCUCAGAUCAUCGAUGAGAUGGAAAUGAUGGAGGACGAUACCUUCGUGGACCUUGGCAGCGGAGUGGGGCAGGUGGUGCUGCAAGUUGCAGCAGCAACCAAUUGUAAACACUACUAUGGUGUAGAGAAAGCAGACAUUCCAGCUACCUAUGCAGAGACCAUGGAUAAAGAGUUCAAAAAGUGGAUGAAAUGGUAUGGGAAGAAACAUGGAGAAUACACACUGGAGAGAGGCGACUUUCUGUCUGAAGAAUGGAAAGAAAGGAUAGCCAACACAAGUGUUAUUUUUGUGAAUAACUUUGCCUUUGGUCCAGAGGUAGAUCACCAGCUGAAGGAGCGCUUCGCUAACAUGAAGGAAGGUGGGAAAAUUGUAUCCUCAAAACCUUUUGCACCUUUAAAUUUUAGAAUAAACAGUCGAAACUUGAGUGACAUUGGCACAAUAAUGCGUGUGGUGGAGCUUUCUCCACUGAGGGGCUCUGUGUCUUGGACCGGAAAACCAGUCUCCUACUACCUGCAUACCAUAGACCGCACCAUACUUGAAAACUAUUUUUCUAGUCUCAAAAAUCCUAAACUCAGGGAGGAGCAAGAGGCAGCUAGGCGGCGUCAGCAGAAGGAUACCAAGGACAGUAAAAGCAACAAUACCACCCCCACCAAGCCUAAAGAGCAAAGCAAGCAGGAUUCCUGUGGCGAGGAGGAGCACCCCAGCUUGAUGACAGUGGUGAAGGCCUCACCCAAACCCCGGAGAGCUAGACUACUGUCUAAGGGUCGCAAGUUGAACAACAAGAAGCGUGGUCGACCUAAGAAAGCUGCUGUGGCUGCUGCUGAGAGGAAAAACAAGAAGAGUCAGAGCGCCUUGGAGCUGCUGCAUGCCAAGACCCUUUCUGCAGCACCCCCUCAGGAUGCAUACCGGUCACCUCAGAGUCCUUUCUACCAGCUACCUCCCAAGGUCCAGCACUAUGUCUCUGGUCAACUACUGCUGAGCCCGACUCCUCCUGGAUUGCAGCAACUGCUAGAUAACAUCAAGGUUCAGUACCUCCAGUUUAUGGCCUAUAUGAAGACUCCUCAGUACCGCUCCAACCUGCAGCAGCUCCUAGAGCAGGAAAAGCAAAAACACAGGGAGCUAUCGGGACAAGCAGAGCAGCUCCACUCUGUGUGUCAGUCGCAUAAGGAGAAGAUCAAAGGUCUCUUUCAAACUAAACUGGAUGAGCUGGGAGUGAAGGCCCUGACUGUGGAAGACCUGCUGCAAGCCCAGAAGGAGAUCUCAGCCCACAACCGUCAACUUAAAGAGCAGACCAAGCAGCUUGAGAGAGACAUGGCUGAGCUGCGAGACCACAGCCUGCUACUGCUGAAGUCGAGGUGUGAGGAACUGAAGCUAGAUUGGGGUUCUCUGUGUCUGGAGAGUCUGCUGAAGGAGAAGCAGGCCCUGCGCAGACAAAUCUCUGAGAAACAGAGACACUGCUUGGAGCUGCAGAUCAGCAUUGUUGAGCUGGAGAAGAGUCAAAGGCAGCAGGAGCUCCUACAGCUUAAAUCCUACAGCCCCUGUGAGGGGUCUCCCUACAGAAAGACCCUGGAGCCACGGUCUUCCAUAGACAUCGACUCCUCCAAGCUUGGCCUGUCCUCGACUCCUGCCCUUAACGGCCUCAGCCCGGAGCUGUCUAUCAACGGCACCGGCUCACCCUGUUUUGACCGGGCUAACACCAAAGGGGAGCUGCUCUCCCGCUACUUGCCCAUAUCCCCAGACCAUGAAAUAGUGCCUGCCACCUCUGAUGCCAGGCAGAGGCAGAUAGGCUCCUCCCACGCUCUCCCUGACUACACACGCUUCUCUCCAGCCAAGAUUGCAUUGCGGAGGCACCUCAACCAAGAGCCCAAUGCCUCUGCCCACUUCAGAGGUCUGGGGCUGUCCACACACAGGGGGGAAGUUGGCAAUGUUACCUCCCCACUUGGAUCCAAGCAGAGCUGCCCCUCUCCAAACUCAUCAGAUGCCCAGAAUUCCACUCUGAAGAGCUCUGAGAGGGGUGGUAAGGAGAAAAGUCCAUCUGUCCAGGGUGACAAUACCAUCACAAGCCUGCCUAUCAGUAUCCCUCUAAGCACUGUCCACCCCAGUAAACUACCAGUCAGCAUCCCACUGGCCAGCGUGGUGCUGCCCAGCCGUGCUGAGAGAUUGAGGAGUACACCAAGUCCUGUGUCUCAGACAGGUCAGACCAAUGGCUACUCCUCCAGCUCAAUGCUGCUGAAUGGAGGUUCCCACCCUGAGGACCAUGACGGUGCUUCUUCCUCCCCUCUUCCACACGCCAACACGCCUCUGACGGGUUCAAUGGGCCGGGGCGCUCCCAUCCAGAGCCCCCCACUCAGCACUGGAGGGGUGCUCCAGUAUGCAGAUGGACCCCCAAGGAUUCUUCCAGAGGACGGCGCGGAUCGUCAGGGUGGCGAGUCUGACACAGAGCCCCAGGACAGCGAGUCACGCCGGAGAAUCUUUUUCUCAUCUUCCUCUUCUUCAUCCUCGUCUUCCUCUUCGUCAAGCGGUGGAGGCAGCGUGGCUGGAGCAUCACGCCUCCACCACCAUCCCAACAACUCAGCCAAACAGGGCCACCAUGGUAACCAUGGAAACCACCACCACCAGUCGCCCGGCUCGCAGCACACCCACACACCCACACACACGUCAUCAUCGCACUCCUCUCACAGCCUUGGAUCUCAGGAGGGCCGAAAGCGGGGGAGAAGGAAGCGCAGCUCGGCAGGAGCGGUGACAGCCAGCGGAUCCCCAAAGAGGAGGUCGUUCCCUGGGCUCAGCUCCAACAGCCACUCCUCAGGAUCACCACUCAACAUCAACUCCAUGGUGAACAACAUCAACCAGCCUCUUGAGAUCGCGGCCAUCUCCUCCCCAGAGCAGUCGAGUGGCAGCCCCUGUGGGCCUGACCUGGACCAGCCUCCCAUCCUGAAGAGAGAACGCCCCUUGGAGCUCAAUGGCACGGGUCAUUACUCCUCUGCCCCCAGUUCUGAUGAUGAGGACUCAGGAUACCCUGCUGACAGCUCCAGUUCAAGAAUCGAAAGAAAAAUUGCCACUAUAUCCUUGGAGAGCAGAGAUGGACCUAGUAGAACAGGGGAUAGUGAGAGAGGGAGGAAAUCAGGUAGCAGCAGCGGUAACAGCACAGGUAGUGAGGCCUCCUCUUCAUCUUCCUUAUCCUCUACCAGCAAGUGGAAAUCCACCUUUUCACCCAUAUCUGACCCCAAACAGCCCACCUCUGACCUUAGACAGGGUGGCUCACCCUUCGGCAUGGGGGGCUCCAGCCGGGGCACAGACUCUGACUCUGACCACAAGCAGCAGCAUCAGCAGGUGAGGAAAGGGAGUGAUGGCGACAUUUCUGCCUACAUCAGCCCCAACCCCUUCCUCAGUCAGGACGCAGGGAGCAGAGGUUCAGGCAGCAGUGGUGGCGGGGGGGUCCAGGGAACCUGUGGACCAGACCAGCGCCAGACCCUCCAGAAGCAGAAGGCCCCUCGGGACUGGGAGCUGAAGACCAAUAGCAGCCUGGCCAGUCAGAACCUCUUCAUCUCUGCUGCUGCCAGCAGCGGAGGAGGCAUACUGAGCGGGAAGGUGGGAGGCAGUCCUGUAGCAGUGUCCUCAGCCACAGGAGCCUCGGUGGGACAGUACUUGGGCACUCAGUUCCCACUUGGAGGGGCCUCUGUCUUGCAGUCCCUGUUUGGGGCACAGACAGGUGCACCCACAGUGAGUGGGCCCUCACGGCUGGUCAACGGACACUCUGCCCUGGGAAGCUUCUCUAGUGCUGGGCUGGCAGGUGGAGCGGCUGGAGGUAUAUUUCACCACGUGGUUCCCUCAGUGUCCUCCCAUCAGUUUGGGGCAGCGCUGCCCACUUCUGGAGGCCUCAGCUCCCUGCUCAGUCUCUCCUCCUCUUCCUCUACUUCCUCCCAAACCCAGCAGUACACCACCCCCCAAACAGCCUCCACACGACUGGCCUCCGUGUCCUCGCCCCUCCCCCUCUCCUUGACCCAGGCCCAGCACAGCCGCACCCAGUCAGUCCUGCACAGCCCCUCUCCUCCCACGCUCUCCCUGCCCCCUCCACCACCUCUCCACAGUGUCCCCUCCUCUUCAGCACCCGCACACUGUGACGCCCCGCCCUCUUCUCGUUCAGAAUCCUUCCUCUCCUCCCGCCUGUCUCAUUCCUCUCUCCACCACCAGAGAGCACAGUCAUCCCUCUCUCUCUCCAUCUCCUCCACCUCCUCUGCGUCCUCUGCUUCUGUGUCUGCUGCUGCUGCUACUGCCUCCCUCUCUUCCUCCUCUUUGUCCACUUCCUCUUCCUCCUCCUCCUCCUCCUCUUCCUCCUCUCGCCCCUUCACAGUGCACUACUCCCCUCGGCUCCCCCCUCCGCUGCCGGCUAGCAGUUCAGCAGGUGGCGGAGGAAGCAUGUGGAGGACUCAGGGCAUACAUGGUACCUACACCACAUCCCAGCUCCCGGGCUCCCGGCCUAGAUAGGACUGGGGGUGAGGGAGGGGAGGAGGGUGGAGAGGGGGAGGGCGAAGGGCAAUCAGAUGGGGUGCGCAAGUGAAAGAGAGAGAGAGAGAGAGAGACUGGUAGGGAGUGAGAGAGACAGGAUACCUGGUUUCCCUGUGCUCCCACAAGCUGUUUUUCUGUUUGAACAAGGUAAUUGAUGAAAACUACCUCAACCUAAAGUAACCUAUGCAAAUGGCCAGGUGUGGACCAAGGCACUCUACUCACUCACUGGUGCUUCAAAUCGUCUGCACAACCCAACCGCCUCCAAGACCGGCUUCUGUACUGGGAUCUCAUACACACAAACACUUACAUCAACACACGCACACACACACACACACACACACACACACACACAUACACACAUACAUACACAUACACACACACACUUACACACCACACCACUAAUGGUCACCUGGAGCAGAAUUCAUAGGCACUGGUCAUGCUUCUGUGUGGAUUGGAAGGGAAGGAGCUUCAGAGACUCCUUCAAAGUCUUUAGGGGUGGGUGGGGACACAGGGUUGCUAGUUAGACCAUUUUAACACAUGGAAACCAGUACUGGCUGCUGUCCAGCACUGAAUGAGCUUUUAUUGAACUGUCUGGUUAAAUAUUGUGGUGCUCUAUAGGAUGACAGUAUCAUUUUUUUGCCUCAUUCACUAUACUACCAUCUAGUUCUUAGUUAAAUAAAUUAUUGUUGGUAAUUUAAUGUAACAUUUUACAACAGAUGUAAGAACAGACGGUCCGCCUCUAGCUGCAGCUCACCAGGUGCUAGGUUCCCUCCAGAUUUCACCUCGCACUCAUGCACGUGUGCAUGCACAAACAUGCACAGACCAGUCCACUGAACUCUGCUCAGAUGUCUUGCAGCUGUGCCUCUUUGCAUGUGUGUGCUCCCCUCUCUCAGUUUUCUUCCUUCUGUGAAAUGAAAUAUGUAUGGCAAGUAAUUUGACUAUUAAAAAUGAGGAACUUCAUAUUUUGAUCCAAUUUCACACUGGAUAGUGUAUUAUAAUAUAAAGUUACACGCGCAGUAGAAGACAUACAAGUCCAGGCAGGUUUAUUAACAACCCGUUAAAAACUCUGAUAAUGUUGCUAAUUCACCAUAUCUUCAUAUUUAACAUCUGCAAUAAGUUGAACAUGAAACAGUAAAUGAAAAACUUAGAAAUUCAGAAGUCCCUAUAGUUCUAAGCAAAGAGGUACAAAAAUAUAUUUUUAUAGCCUAUAUUUGAAAUAUUGAUGUAAAAGCUGUACUGACAGACAUCAUGAAAUAACAAAUAUUAUUGUUAACAAUAGGCAGUUAAACAAAAGGGGAUAUGGGAGAAAAGGGAGAGAAAACAGACAGGGCAGUAAGCAGAGUGCAACACAAGAUGAAGAGUAAUAAAACAACAAAUCAUACAAGAGCUGACUCAUGAGAAUAAAAAAGGAUCAAGGACUGAAAUGGUAAACUUAUGUCGUAACGACGUCUCAAAACAUGAAAUUUAGGAUCAGUAUGAUAUGAGUUAAUGCUAUGACAACCCAGAUGUUUAACAGAUGUCAGGCCAUUUUUGAAAACAUGUUGAAUUAGCAGAUACAUGUCAUGGGUUAUGGGUAAUGCUUAGCAGAGCUCUUUAAACUGAAAUAACUCCCUUCCCCCUCCCUGGGGCUGUUUGUGGCAGGAUUGUGACUGUUGAAAUUAUUUAUUCAAGAAAAAGACCCAAUGAAAUUGAUCAUUUGAGAUAACACUCAGUGUAGUAUUGCACUGUUUGAAUGAACCAUGUUAGCUGAUCUCUGGUAAAGAAAUGGCAGUGCCCACUGUUGUCAAAGAAAACGUUUGCCACGCAGUUGUUUAAGUUUAGUUUAGCUGAAUCUGGACCUGUCACCGUAAAAACGUUUAACAUCCAAAAUAAUUUUUGGGUUUUCUGAUAGAAUUGUUUUUUUCAGCCGUUACUUUGGUUUGUCACAUGAUGAUGUGGGACCACAGCUGAAAAUCUUGACAUUCACAAACAUGCAGGACUUUUCUUAAGCUAGACUUGUUCAUAUUAUCCUGCUGUUGGGAAACUGUAGUGGUAAGCAAAUAAAUGGGACUUAAAAAGACAUGUGGACACAUUCAUUUUCCAUUAGUUAACAUACAUGCACACACGCAAACAGACUCAUGCAUGCUCAUCCUUACACUGGGAAUACACAAAUUACCAUAACCACAACAAACUACUGGACUGUUUUCACACCUUUUUGUUUGCUUUUGUUAUGUAAUUUGUUCUUGUAAACAAUGUUUGUACUGUGAAGGGGAUUCAUUCUCAGACUGUAUAAUUGUGUAUAAUUUAGAUUAUUAUAUUUAUGCUGUCAGUCUCUCCAUUUGUUUUGAUAUUUGUUUUCCUUUUUUUAUUCAGAAAUGUGUUGACAGUGUAGAAUGCAAUAGUGUGUGUACUUGACUCACAGUCUGAAAACAUGGUGCUAACGUUAGACUGUGCCUGAUCUUAUUUAUUCUAUAUUGAAAACAUCAAAAAACAACAACAACAAAUGAAUACUUGGUGCUGCUUGUACACAGGGACAUUUUAUUGCCAUGUACUGGCAUUCCCUUUCCCAUAUUUAAUAUGCUAUUGUUUGUUUGUUUCUAAGCCUAGUGUACAACUGUAGACACCACAUGUUUGGAUAAAACUACUCUGCAACAGCUGGCUCAGUCAAAUUCAAAAGGUUUUAGGCCCUCGAUAGGUGUGUUUCUCACGCAGGAUUUUUACACGUACAGCCAAUCCCCUUUGCUCUCAGAACUGUGCUGCUUGUCCAGGCUAUUUGUUAGUGAACAAGACACACUGUUUUUGUACAUAUGUUUUUGUUCGUUUUUCUUUGUAUGUCUAUGUCUUCUUCAUAAAACAGAAAGGUAUAUAUAUAUAUUAUAUUAUAUAUAUAAGUGAAUUAGAAACAGCUACAUGUGGAGGUGCGGGGUGUUUUGGUGCUGGCGUUGUGACCCUUCUAUCCGGCCUGUAAAACAGGAGAGGCUUGAAGCCAAGGAGAGCAGAAAAUUGCUACCACAGGACCUUAACAACAGGCGCCCAACACCUUCACACGACAGUGCCUGUACUCUUGUGAUAUACUCUCCACAGAAAUAGAAUCUCAAAGUGUGUGUCGUUGGCGCACAUACAGAGAUGUGCUGUGACACAGCGCAGCUAGGUUCUGGCACUAGAACUGUUAUUUGGAUCAGAUGUCUUAUCGCUCUGGUUUUUCAGACUGGGAAAAAAAAAUGGUGCUUUCUCCAUACCACAGCAAUUCAGAUUUUAAAAACAAUAUUUUUUUGGUGCAUACAAAAUUAAAUCUCAAUCCCUCAUACGCACUUCCUGUCCUCAGACGACUCGUGUGAACAUAACGGCAAAAGAUGCGCUGAUGUGAAACACUUGUGCUUGGGGUAUAAAUUGGGUAGGAGUGAGCGCCGUCAAGCUUCCUUUUCUUCUGACGGAAAACACAAGAAGCAGGAUUACACUUCAGCUCAGUAUGUGUGUGUGUGUGUAUGUGUGUGUGUGUGUGUGUGAGUGUGUGUGUUUUCAUUUGCCAAUGUGUGUCCAAGGGAAGAUUAGACUAAUCAAAGCUUUAUAGUAAAAAUGCUGUCAUGUAGAGUCGAUUGCUCUGUGAUCUGCAAGUUCUCUAGUGAGGAGGAGAGUCAUUUUCACAUGAUAGAACAUAACCAGAGAGGCUGCAGUCCUUUUGUUACCAGCACUGAGAGGUCUUUUGUAAUUAUUGUUAUUGUUAAUGCUGUUUUAAUUUUCUUAUUCUUGGUGUUUGAUACAAUUGCAGUUGUUAUAUAUUAUGGUUUUAAUUGUGACUGAAGAUUCCAAUCAUUUUUUUUAAUACUAUUAGUCAAACAGCACGGUGCUCUCCUUCACUUAAAACAAGGAAAAUGCAGCUAUUGAUAAAUACUACUCCUCUCCUGCUGUGCUGUAGGGAGGGAUGGUUGAAUAAUCUUCAACACAAGCUUGCUCGGUGGCUUUCUGAUGUCCCUUCUAACCUGCAGAACUUCCUAUAAUCUGGAUUGGCAGUUGUAAUGUAUGUGUGAGUGAGAACGCUCCGUGAAUAUCUAAACUUGUGUUACACGUUUCAACCGAUUGCUUAAUUGUAGCUACUUUGUAUAAUCAGUCAAAGGGAUGAGGUGCAAAUAUUCAAGUCCUUUGGCAUGUAAGCGUGACUUUAACCUAAAGCUCCUAUGCAGUUCUCCAGCAUGCUCCAUCCUGGUACAUAAUUGGUACAUUUAUCUGUGAGAGCUUUGCAGUCGAGACUGUUUACUCUAAAUCCUGCCAAAGGUCUUACUCAGGAACUUCCUCAGAUUGUUUGAAAUGAUGUAACACUUCUUUUAAACUACUGCAUGCCACGAAUCUUUCUACCAUCUCGUGGCACGAUGAAGUCCCGCUCUCCCUUCCCCCCACCCAGCUCAGGACCAUGUGGCAGCACCUCGUGUGUGUAUUAUCAAGGUAACCUGAGAAUUGGCUAUAGGUGCUUUCAGCUGAUAAAUGGCCUUAGAGAUAUUCUUCACACUAUCUAUGAUACAUUCUCACUGUCACAUACAUCCAGCCUCUUCAGCCAAAUCCUGCUUUCUAAAGCUUUAUACAUCAGUUUGAUCUUAAGAAGCUGUGGAAUGGCUACAACUUUCAGCAUCUUCCUCCUGUCACAAAGGCAUCUGUCUCCAUCUGUGUCUCUCUGAGAAGGAAGCUCAUUGUCCUUUGUUAUGAUCCCUUUACACUGGGGGAGCCGUCACUGAAAGACAAAUGUGAUCUGUGUAUAGUGAUCUCUGAUCAGUAAAGCCAGGGCAGGUUUGAGGUGCAAUAACGGCAAACCUACUUUCCAAAAGCCCUGGGUUUUCACGGGAAAAUUCUUGCUGUUUGGUGUUGGUGCUUUUAUCUUAAGAUGUUAUAAUGACAAUUUGAAUUUGAGAUGUUUUUUUUCCUGCUUUUUAUGAUCAUUAAAAACAUUUUUUGUAUAACA